AUGCAUCAUAGGUGGAAAGUCUUCAGAGGAGAAAGCAACGAGAAGAAAGACAUACUUUUUACAGCCAAGAAAUCAAAGCUAUUCCAAUUCAAAACUGAGUUAGACAUAUUCUUGGCUAAUAACACAACAAAAGUCCCUGAUUGCAAGGUCAAAGGAGGCUGGCGCGAGAGUUCCUGCUCUGUAUAUCUUGGAGAUUCCAAAGCCAUGAUUGCACAAAUGCAUAGAAAACACACUCUUACAACUGCUGUUUUGGAUAAAGAUAAUUUUGAGGUGACUGUGUAUCCUAACGUUGAUUAUGCUUUCAUAGUAGCUCUUAUAGUAGUUCUUGAUGAGAUCAAUGCGAAUCGAAACAGCAAAGAUUAA